AUGGCGUUCGCUCGGAGACUAGCUAUUCUUCCUGGUGGCCUUGGCGGCCUGGGCUCAAGCAUAGGCAAGAAGCUACGCCAACAAGGGGCCGAUUUGGCUAUUCUCUACGCUCCAUUUGAAGCCUCCCGUCGCGAUCAACUUCUUGAGUCAGGCUACGGCGCAGACAGAGACCUGGAUGGCAUUCGCACUUACGAAUGCGACAUCACAUCCGCGGAUUCUGUACAGUCGGCAUUCACCGCGCUGGAGAAGAAUAACUUUGAGCUAGGCUCAUCAGAUCUUGCUUUCCCAAGCAUGCUGAUCAACACUGCCGGUUACGUAUCUCUGAGCGACAUGGAGAUCACACCACCAGAAGAGACGCUCAAGCACUUAACGACCAAUAUUUACGGCCCAAUGCUCUGCUCACAGGCAUUUGCAAGAAUGUACUUGGCCGCCUCCAACCUUGCAAAGGGAUCCCCCAGAUCUAUUCCACCCGGGCGAAUCGUGAGCAUAUCAUCCCAAGCGGCACAUGCUGCACUGCACCGACAUGGAGCAUAUUGUGCGUCCAAGGCGGGACUCUUAGGCUUGACACGCAGUAUGGCCUCUGAAUGGGGUGGUAAGGGUAUUACUGCUAACACGGUUUCCCCGACUGUUGCUUGGACAGAGCUUGGGAAGAAGGCCUGGGGAGAGGAAAAGAUUCGGAAUGCUUUCUUGGAGAAUAUUCCCACUGGGAAGUUUGCGCUGCCCGAGGAGGUGGCAGAUGCCGUCCUCUUCCUUUGUCAGGUAUGUUCCGUGGGUGGUCUUGAUUCGAUUUUCCCUAAGAACUGUCACAGGACUCCAGUGGAAUGA